UAUUACUAUAUUUUUUUUGUCGUAUAACACUAAUAUUUCUUGUCUCCUAAUUGCAUUACUCAAUAAAUUAUAUUGUGGUUUCAAUCGAUUAACGUCUUUUUUAAAGUGGGCUGUUACGUUUUUCGUAUUGAAAUUUAUUUCGGUAAGAUUGCUUUUGUGUAUAUUUGUCUAUAUACUUGGUGAGAUUAGAUUUUAUUCACUCAUCAUGCAAAAUAGGUUAUCAAACUUUUAUAGUUCACCAAGAAUCAUCAUCAUUGAGUAUUAUUCUCAAUAAUUUAACAUUAUUUUAUUAAAUUUUUUUUUUAUACAAAAUAAUUUUUAUUUUGUACUUUUUAUAGAUAAGUAUCAUAUUGGUAGGUACCUAGUCUAGAUUUUAUUUAUGUAGAUAAACAUUAGAUAAAUUAUGUUCUACUUUGUACUUAUUGCACAAGUAACAUUUUUAAAAACAUUUUUUUUUUCUCAAAUGAUUAUUUAUAUUAUUGUGUUCUUAGGUUAAAAGAUGAUGUUGUUUUAUAAUGUGCAGUGGAUUUGAACGACUAAUAAUAUGUUUUCUGAUGACACUGUGUAUGUUAGCUUUUUGAUUUUGUCAUUUAUAUUUAGCUUUUUAUUCAGAAAAGUUAAACAUAAAAAUCUUAAACAAUGGAUGUCGACCAUUUAUGGAAUGGUUAUCAUAUUAUCAGUGUCUGGCUUGUAUAUAAUUCAUCCGAUAAUUUGCACGUUAGUCAGUGCCAUUCUCAUGCAAGUGGAUAAAAGGUACACAUUGAUUUACUUUUUUUCUUUUUAUUCAUCAAACAAUCUACAAAUCUAAAAAAACUAUUUUCAUAAUUUUAUUAAUAAUAAUUAUAUAUCCUAAAAUUUCUUUAGUUCGGUAUUUUGAUUGAAAGAUGUAUAUUUAAAAAUUAUAAUAGAGAGUAUAUGUACCUAUGUAGAAAUAUGUUGUCAAAGGAUUUGAACUGAUUGCUUAUACUCACAAUAUUAUAAUAUAUCAGUUAAUCUCUAAUUUAUGAUUAUAAUAAAUUAUGUAUUUUUUUUUUUUUAUUUUACCUAUGCACCUAUUAAAUGUUGAUUUUUCAGGCGUUGUCAUAAAUUGUGUUUCUUAUUUACAUUUGGAUAUUUAAUAUUCUUUCGGCUAACUACAUAUUUUGAAAUACUACAUACUUCUGGUCAUACCAAUUUGAUCCAAAUGAUACUAACUCUAAAGGUAAUUAGAUAUUAAAUAUUUGUAUUAUUGGAUAUCUAAUUACACAUUAAUUAAUGUAACAUUAAUAUAGCUAAUCGGCCUUUCAUUUGAAGUUCAUGACAGUUAUCUUAUAAAAUUGAAAACAUAUGAAACAAAACAUGAUGCGGAAAAAAAUUAUAAAACUAUUUGUCAACCAAAUAUUUUAGAAGUAUUUCAUUAUGCCUUUUGUUAUAUAGGCAUUCUAACAGGUAUUAUGUAUAUAAAAAUAUAAUUAUCGAUGUUUCUGAAUUGCGUAAAUUCAUAAUCUAGAUCAAGUUGUGUACGUGAUUUUUUUUUAUGGCGAUUUAGUUGCGUGCACACAUUUUUCGUGACAAAGCUUAUAAAGUUGAUCAAGAUUGGAAUUAUCUUUAAACAUCCAUAGAGAAUAUUUUAAACUAUUUUCAUUUAAUUUAAAAUAAGAUUUACACACAUAUUUUGUGCAAGCCCAUCUUUGAAUAUUAUUGUUUAAAAACUUAUUAAAAUUAAAUUUUGAGUCAUUAAUUAUGAAUUAUUUUUUAUUUUUUUUUACUAUACAUUACAUUCAUUUCCAUUUCAUACUAUUGAUCUGGAUGCCAGAAUGUCCAUCUGAUGUCUGUUGAUUGUCAAAUAUUAUACAUUUUAUAUAGAAUUACAUACUGAUAUCAUUGAACUGUAUACAGUAUACUUUUCAAAAUAUAAUCAUAUCUAAUAGUCAUUUCUUUGAGAAAACACAUUUUACAUGUGUAUCAAAUUGACUAUCUAUAUUUAACUAGUUAGAGAAAACCAGUCAUUGUCUAAAUACUGUGGCACGUAAUUCAAACCUGUCUCGAAAAAUAUGCAUACGCAAUUCGAUUGAUGCUCAACAUUGCACUUUAUUUUUGACCUGCAAUUUGAAUGUAAAAUUCACAAAGUAUAAACUACUAGGUUUUGGAACCACAUUUAAAUUGUUAAACCUUAAUUUAAAUUGUAUUCAAUUUUGAUUUUAAUCAAAAAUUAUGAGUUAAGUGGUUUUUAAACUAUUUAUGAUAUGGUUUUGACAUUUUUUUGUCACAUAUAGAGUAACAGGCCUAUUUAACAUUUUUACAAUUUAAUUGCAUGUAAAGAUGACCUGUUACAAUCUAUAUGUAGUGAGGAAAUAUGACAUUUAAACAUAGUUCUGCACUUGUCACUUUUUGAGCACAGUCACUUUUGACAUAGCAAUGACAAUAUAUUUGUUAAAAAAUUGUAUUUAAUAAAUACAAAGUUUUAACUAUUUAAAUGAUACAAAAUAUUUGAUGUUACAGGACCAUAUUUUAAGUAUAAAACAUAUUCAGACUUAUUUAAUAAUCACUAUUGGAAAAAAGCAGCUUAUAUGGAUUUACUAAUUAAAAAAAUUCGUAUGAUUUUAGCCUUAAUAGUUUUUUAUUUGGUAUCAUCAUGGAUGUUUCCAUUAAGUGUGAGUAUUUAAUUAUUUUAGUGUUUUGUGUUUUAUAAAUUUCAUUUGUUAAAUAUGCUAAUGUUCUCUUUUUACUUUUAAGGCUGAUAAGACCCAUAACUGCAAAACAAACUUAUUUACACUUCUCUCUAUCCAAUGUUAUUUUAUUAAGACUGUUUACUUCUAAUUACCUUAAUUCUUUAACCUUUGUUGGAAUAUUUUCCAAACUAUAGAAUAUUAUAAAAGUAUAUGAAUGUUUUUAGAAUUUUUGAGAAACUAAAUAAUUAAAUUGCUUUAUGUACUGAUUUAGUUAAGCUACUUUUCUACAAUUAAAUCUUCUUUCAUUUUGAAUAAAAUGGAUUUAUUACCAAAGCAAAGUAAAAAUUAGACCCUUAAAAAUUUUGUUUUUUUUUUUAUUAACUUUUUACUUACCUUAAGUUCAUUUAAUUUAAUUUUUUUAAUGCAAAAGAUGGUGUUGCUUUAAUAAUGGCUCAUAUUAAGGAAAGUCAUGAAAUCUGAAUAUUGUAAUAUUAAAUCCCGAUAUGCCCAUCAACUAGUGUUCAUACCCUACAUUUGUUAUACAAUUUAGUAACUUAUUUUUAAUAUUAACAAGAGGUAGAAUGCUUUUUAAUUUAAAUAAACAGUGGAAAUGGAAUUAAAACUUUCUGAGCUUUAAAUAUGAGUUAUUGAGUAUUUUAGACUAUUAAUACAUGAAAAAAAAAGUUGCAAUAACUGGAGUAUAAAAUAAUAAUAUACUUUAAAUUUAUAUUCUACUCUAGCAUUAUUGUACACAUAUGUUAUGAGUUCAUGGUCAGAAAUACUGAUAGUGUCACAGACUGCUGAGGCAUGAGUGUCACAAACCCCUUAGGUGCUAUAGUCCACAUUUUAACCGCUGCUUAAUUUAAAUAAACUCUUGUUCUAAUAAAUGUAAUUGUUUUUAUUUUAUUGUUUUGAAUAUAUAUUUUAGGAAUUCAAUAAUGAAUUAUUUUAUUCCAACACUUCAUUGUCAUACAGGAUCUGGUAUAUGUACACAUCAUUUUUUAUAUUUCGGACCAGACUAUACUUGGGCUUUAUUUUUUCUGAGAUUAUUUGUAUAGCUUCUGGAAUGGGUGCCUAUCCUUCAAAGUGUGAACCACAAUCAGGAUGUGGACCAACUAAACAUUAUGAACUUUUGGAAACAAAGUAUAUUCCUUUUCAAAUCAUUUUUUUAAAAGCUUUUUAUUGAAACAAACACAUUUACAUUAAACAUAAAUAGACACCUUUCAAAAGAAGAAUUGUACAACUUUGAUUGUAUAAUAAGUAUUGACAUAAUAAAAGUUGAAACUAUCUCAACAGUUCGUGGUGCUACUAGAAUUUGGAAUAUGACUAUACAAUUUUGGAUUGCAGAAUAUGUUUAUAAAAGAUUUCCUAUUAAAAAACUUAGGUAGGUACCAAAAUCUAAAAUAAAUUAUAAGUAUAAUUAUGAUUUUUGUGAGUUAUAACUUUUAUUUAUUUAAGAACAUUGGCGGCAUUUAGCAUUUCUGCAAUAUGGCAUGGUUUAUAUCCAGGAUAUUUUAUAAGUUUGUGUUCAGUUCCCUUUUAUUUAUUUGUUGAAGAUAUUUAUGAUAAACAAUUUCGGAAUUAUGCAGAUUCUGCAGGAGUAAGUUUAACUAAUUUGAUUAAAUUAAAAUAUAGAAUAUAGUUAAUAUGACUCAAUAUAUUGUAAUUACAUUUAUUAUUAUAGAAACGAAUUCUGUGGACAUUCCUUUUAUACAUCAUGAAGAUGAACCAAUUUUCAUUUUGGGGUUGUAUGUUCCAGCUUCUACAUAUCAAUGUUAUACUUAAAUAUUGUCAUUCUAUAUAUUUUCUUCCAUACAUUCUUGUAAUAACUAUGUAUGUUAUUUCAAGAUUUAAUACUUUACAAACUAGUUGACCAACUCAAAUCUAUUUGGGCUUAUGCAGUCAGUAUUAGAGAUUUGUUCUCUAAUGAAUCAGAAGCCUAUUAAUGUGUUUUGUUUGGUUAAGUAUACCAUAAUUUUAAAAAUAUAAUGUUACCCAUUUAUGUCUCCUAUCUGAUUAGCUCUCUACACCAUUGGGCUUAUAUAUUAAAACAUAUAUAUUUAUAAAAUGAAAGACAUAAUAUGGAAAAUUUAUACCAACUUUUGUAAUAAUUAAAACUAUUUUUAUUAACAAUGAGUGAUGUAUCACUUAUAAGAGUGUAAUAUACUAAAAAUAUUGUUAUAUAGAUAUAAUAAUUUAUUUAUUUUAACCAAUAUUUAUUAAAUUGGUCUCUAAUAUAUAUAUUUAAUUUUAAUUUAUGAUGUAAUUAUAUGUGUCACUAGACAUAAUAUAAUGGUAAACAAAAACAAAUAUUUAAUUGAAUAAUGAAUUAUAUCAAAUGUUCUCAAAUUAUUUACUAAUUUUUGUUAUAUAUAUAUAUAUGUAUAUUGUAGACAUAUAGUCAAAUUAGACAUUUCAUUAAAUGCCUAUUCAAGUCACAAAUAAUAAAAACAGAGUUUUUAUAUUAUAUUAAAAAAAAACUGUUUAAAAUUAAACUAUAUAUUCUUAUUAUUUAUUUAUUGCUAUUCUAUAUAAAAAUUAUGUAUAAUUUAUUAAUAUUUAAAAUACUUAGAUAUAUGAAAUAUUUUUAAUUUUACAUUCAUAGGUACCAUUGUUUUAAAGCUCAAAUUAUAAAUAAAUAUAAGUAAUUACUAAUUAGGUAUGGUCUGAGUAUAAAAUAUUUCAAAUAUUUGUUAGUUUUUAAUUAUUAAUUGUUGUUACAUGUUAUUUGGUGGUAUUUACUGAUGGAAUAUUUAACAUUUUAUUUGAAACACAAAGACAGGCUGGUUCAACAUUGCUGCUUUUCUGAUUGAUGGUGACAUUUAACAAAUCUUGGCUGUUGAAAUUCGAUAAGUUUGGUACAGCUUCACAUAUGGAUACAAAUUUGUCUUUGGAUACUCCGUUAUCUUCUAUACCAUUAUUUGAAACCACACAUAUAAAUAAGAUUUUUAUACAAUUACUUUUCAAAGGUAAAACCUAUGGAAAU